GAGGUGAUGGAAUGCUUCUCUAGUCUUAUUGCAGGGAUUUAAAGAACGAGUCUAACGCACUUGGCGGGGUCGGCGUGGGUGUUUUUUUCUUUUUCUUUUUGCCGUCAAGCAGCUUUCGAGGGGGACUGGGCGGCGGGCCAAAGAUGCUGUCGUGAGUUCGUUUCAGCGUCACGGGUGCUGCCACGACUGCAGGCUUGGCGGCGGCGGCGCGGACCUUCUUUGCGGCCACGGGGGUGCCAGGUAAUGUGUGGCGAUGGCGGCAGUGGUGGCAUGUCGUGACGACGGCGUUGCGCACACGGAUACAAGGCGCGAUGGACUUGUGGAGAACUUUGGCCUUUCGCUUGGACGCGGCAUGCACCCGAGCGAGCUUCUUAUUGACGGCGGCGUUGUGGCUUUGGUGGAUUAUGCGGACAUGCGCGCUCUUCCCGGGUAUGAUGAGCCCGAAGCACGCAUCGCAGAAGUGUUCCAUGACCGUGCUAGGCAAAGACCUAGAGAAUGGCUUGUCCUUGGACGACUGCAUGGUGUGCAAGAGUCGAAUGAACGCCGACGAGUGGAUACGCGACAGUGCCAAGGCACUACUGACUUUCGGUGGCUGCUGCUCGUCCUCGGGCUUCAGUGUCGACGUGGAGAAGGAGGAUUCAGGUAUGCGAAGCAGCAUGGCAUGUGCCGUGGUCCAAUGGAAUAGAAGACGGCGGCGCAACACCUUGUCGUUCACGCAGGCGUCCAACGCUGCUUCCAUGUUUGUUGUCAGCGAUGGAUAGUACGGAUAAUUCAGUUUCAUUGGUACACUUUAACCGGAUAAGUUGCUGGGUCGGAAGUUUCACCGUCGACACCAGCACUCCAUGCUUGACGACGCAGAAGUCAUCGCAGAGAAUGAACGAGCGUUGGCAGCCUUUGCUGAGGGGGACAGGACAGCCGAGGCGCUGGCAUCGCACCCGGCCUUGGAACGCAUCUUGCGACAAAUCCAUGAGGUCGGGAUCUUGUACUACGACUGGGCGCUCGUCAAGGUUGUCGUGCUGGCCAAAGUCCACGCAGCAAUAGCUGCCUACGACGCCGUGGGGCCAUCGACGAUGCCUGAGGAAAUUGACCGCACCGAGCUGUUCAACAUCAUUCAAAUGCGACCUUCGCCGCCAUUUACGCUUCAACGACUCAUUGAGGUGCUACACCAUCCCACACGGUAUUACCGGCAAUCGUCCAAGUUCCUCAAUGCUGUCCACAAGUUGUUUGAAGUGAGCUCGGCAGCAGAUACAGACGACCCGCGCAAUCCUCGGCUUGCAAUCUCCCGUCGCCAUCGUCAUAACCCGUCCCUGCGUCACUUGAUUGAUUAACGUUCAGUCAACUACUACGUAAUACUAGUACUACUUACUAGUUGUAAAGCGAAUACACCUAACAACGCUCCACCUCAUCACCACCA